GCCGGCAACGGGAUCAGCAUCGGCAACAGCGGCGGCGGCGAUGGCGACGAUGGCAUCUGGUUCUUCAUCGUCGAGUAAGACGCCGUGUUGUAGUAAGGUUGGUCUGAAAAGAGGGCCGUGGACUCCCGAAGAAGAUGAGCUUCUCGCCAAUUACAUCAAAAGAGAAGGAGAAGGACGAUGGCGGACACUGCCGAAGCGAGCUGGACUUCUCCGUUGUGGUAAAAGCUGUCGUCUCCGUUGGAUGAACUAUCUCAGACCUUCCGUCAAACGUGGACAGAUCGCUCCCGAUGAAGAAGAUCUCAUCCUUCGUCUUCACCGUCUUCUCGGUAACCGUUGGUCUUUGAUUGCUGGAAGAAUUCCUGGACGUACAGAUAACGAAAUCAAGAACUAUUGGAACACACAUCUAAGCAAGAAGUUGAUUAGCCAAGGAAUAGAUCCAAGAACACACAAGCCAUUAAACCCUAACCCUAAUUCAUCAUCACCACCAGCCGAUACUCAUCCUCCUCCACUUCCACCUCAACCUCAACCUCAACCUGCACCAAAAGUUUCUACAAACCCUAAUCCACACGAAACCAAUCUUGACGAGAAUAAUUGGCAGAACUCAGAUGGAUUGAUGAUAGGAAGUCAUGGAAACAGUAACGAGGAUGAUGAAGAUGGUGGGAUAAGCAUGGAUUACUGCACCGACGAUGUUUUCUCUUCUUUCUUCAAUUCACUUAUCAAUGAAGAAUUAUUUGUAAACCAACAACAACAACUGCAUCAUCAUCAUCAUCAGCAGCAGCAGCAGCAGCAACCGAUUGCACCAACAGAUCCUUUAGUUUCUUCUAUUUGGGAAGCUGCACUUACAUCUUCAGCAACUAAUACUUUCAAUAAUGAAGAUGAACACAAGCGACUCUUGGAUCACAUCAAUAAGCGUUUCUGAAUCAAGUUCUGCAAAUAACAUGUUGUGGAAGUAGACGUUUGAAGUUAAAAACAGUUGGCUUCUUUUUUCAUUGGUUUUUUGUGUAAUGUUAUUAUGGGCAGACCUUUUUGCUAUGCCUAGCUCUUCUGUUGUUCUUGGUUUUGUUCUUGUUAUUAUCACUGGUAUUGUAAUAUUGUGGCUUUUGUUUGGUCUACAAAACUAUGGAGAUUGAAAGAUU